GAACAAUCCUUAUUCGUGACCUUGAAAAUUGUCAUCGCCUGUAUGCUACCGUCAGACUUUAUGCGCAAUUCCAAACCACUACCUCCAGCCCAAGCGCAAGAACAUGGAUACAGCACGCCCAUCUAUCUCUACUGAGGCACCGGAACCGGAUUCGCCUUCUCAAACAUCAAAGCCAAAAGCCGAUACUCCUGCGAUGUUAGAAGACUUGGGGAUUCUCACACCCGAAGAAAUCGCAGAUGUGAGAAGACUAAUGAAGCGCGAUUCCCUUGCCAGUGAUCGCCACAGCUACUGGCUCCAAGCCCAAUUUUGGUGGUCGCCUUCCUGGUCGACAUGGGGCUCCGAUGGAUCUCGAAUGAUUCAAGCAGAGUUUAUCAAGAGCGGGUCGCCUUGUAUAACCAAGGGCAUAGGAAAUGAAGUGAUGAUGUGCAACAAAGCCACCGCCUUUUAUUGGAUGGAAUCAGCACAAACCAUCCCUCGUGAUGGUAACGGACUUGCCAUACUGGGCAGUAUCUUCAAAUACUGGACAGAGGCUCUCGGCAGGCAGCCAUAUGUUCAGCUCCACGAUUUCUUUGCUGCUCCCAUAAGCGUUAAGGCCAAAAGUGCGACAACUAUUCCAGAGAUAUUGUACGGACACAGGUGUAUAUACGCUCAAGCCCAAGAGCUUUUGAGAAGCCCGAGAAUGGGAAAAGAGAUUGAUUCGCGGUAUUUCAGGCUUCAUCCUCUCUUCGAGGCAUUGAUCACUGUAUUCGAUGAGUACAUAUAUGUCGAAGAGGCUAUGGAAAGUUUCGAGACUUUGAAGCAUGAGGCCUUGCCUUUAGCAAGGGAUGAAGACCUAAAUUCCAUCGACAUCAUCCGUGUACCUCUACGGACCGGCGUUCGCUUUGUCGCUAAUCUGCUGCUUCACGAAGAUGCUGCACACCCAGAGUCGACUUUGUCCAAUACUGCUGAGGCACCGGACUCUCCAUUCGCAGAGUGGGAUGCAAAGUGGGAGAAAAAUUCCAGAAGAGAAGAAGCCAGUAAGAUAGGGUGGGCAAGCAAGAGUGAAGACCCUGAUUGUGAACCGGUAUUCGAAUUUAGUUUCAAUUGGGUGUGAAAAUGGCUAUGGCAUCGCUACGACCACGCUUUCUCUCCCCUGCUUGUGAUCUUGCUACCCGUCGUGUUCCAAAUAUGCAAUGCACUGCUACUUUCCAAGCAAAGAAUCCAGAUUUAAGUCUCGAACCUGUCGAACAUUAACAAAGCUGUGCUAUGACACCGAAUAU